GAAACGCCCUGGGUUCCCUCCCCGUCCCCUUCGCUCACCUGGCCCAGCCCUAGCGUCGGCCGAGCUGCGCGACGUGGGUGGGAGGAGCCAGAGCGCCCGGGCCUCAGACUGGGAAGGGAGCUUGCACAGGAGCGCUGCCUCUCUCACGGCCCGCAGUGUCCGCCACUGACGUCGACUGAGAAGUUUUGGGUGGAGGAGCUCGGUAGCCGGGUCACCGGUGGCGUGGCGGCGCCUAGGAGGACCUGUCUGAGAGAGGAGCUCUCCUCCUUAAGGCAGCCGCGCCGCUGAGCUGACUGACCCCAGUCGAGGUAAAGACGGUCCGCUCCGGCUCAGGCAAAGCAGCCGGCAGCGCAGGGCCCGGCGGCGGCCAGUGUGGGCCGCCGGGGAAAAUGGGCAGCUUGCGACAUAGUAUUCGCAGGAGGAAGGACCUCGCCGGCCCCGCUCAGGCAGGGGCGCCGUUCUGGCGCCGAGCGCGGGCACAGGAGCUGCAGGAACCGCGGGGCCAGCCACGCGGGCAGACCCGGAACCAGCCUGGCCGGAGCGCCCCGCGCCGCCCGCCACCAUGAACGGGGAGGCCAUCUGCAGGCGCCCCUGCCCAACCAUCCCUACCAAAAGUCUCGGCGACCUGCACUACCUGAGCCGCGGCGCCUCGGGCACUGUGUCGUCGGCACGCCACUCGGACUGGCGCAUUCAGGUAGCCGUGAAGCACCUGCACAUCCACACUCCGCUGCUCGACAGUGAAAGAAAUGAUGUCUUGAGAGAAGCUGAAAUUUUACACAAAGCUAGAUUUAGUUACAUUCUUCCAAUUUUGGGAAUUUGCAUUGAGCCUGAAUUUUUGGGAAUAGUUACUGAAUACAUGCCAAAUGGAUCAUUAAAUGAACUCCUACAUAGGAAAAUUGAGUAUCCUGAUGUUGCUUGGCCAUUGAGGUUUCGCAUUCUGCAUGAAAUUGCACUGGGUGUAAAUUAUCUGCACAAUAUGAAUCCUCCUCUACUUCAUCAUGACUUGAAGACUCAAAACAUCUUAUUGGAUAAUGAAUUUCAUGUUAAGAUUGCGGAUUUUGGUUUAUCAAAAUGGCGCAUGAUGUCCUUAUCACAAUCACGAAGUAGCAAAUCUGCACCAGAAGGAGGUACAAUUAUUUAUAUGCCACCUGAAAACUAUGAACCUGGACAAAAAUCAAGGGCCAGUGUCAAGCAUGAUAUAUAUAGUUAUGCAGUUAUCACUUGGGAAGUCUUAUCUAGAAAACAGCCUUUUGAAGAAGUCACCAAUCCUUUACAGAUUAUGUAUAGUGUGUCACAGGGACAUCGACCUGACACUAAUGAAGAAAGUUUGCCAUUUGAUAUACCUCAUCGAGCACUUAUGAUCUCUCUAAUAGAAAGUGGAUGGGCACACAAUCCAGAUGAAAGACCAUCUUUCUUAAAAUGUUUAAUAGAGCUUGAACCAGUUCUGAGAACAUUUGAAGAGAUAACUUUUCUUGAAGCUGUUAUUCAGUUAAAGAAAACAAAGCUACAGAGUAUGUCGAGCGCUAUUCAUUUGCCUGACAAGAAGAAAAUGGAGUCUUCCUUGAACAUACCUGUAAAUCAUGGUCCACAGGAGGAAUCAUGUGGAUCCUCUCAGCUCCAUAAAACUAGUAGUCCUGGAACCUCAAGAUCCCUGUCUGCUUCUCAAAACAAUGAAUUUUUAUCUAGAAAAACUCAAGAUGGUUCUUCAGUGCUACAUCACUGUCAAGUAAAUCACAGUUGGGAUAGUAACAUUUCUGCAGCUCAGAGGACUAAACUAUGUGAUCAGAAGACCCUCCCUUGCUCUUCAGCAAUGAUACAUCCACUCUUAGCUGAGGGAAAUUCAGAAUAUCUGCAGACUGGUAUAGCCCUACUGUGGAUCCAGAGUAAAAGGGAAGACAUUGUGAACCAGAUGACUGAAGCCUGCCUUAACCAAUCUCUAGAUGCCCUGCUGUCCAGGGAUUUGAUCAUGAAGGAAGACUAUGAACUCAUUAGUACCAAACCCACAAGGACCUCAAAAGUUAGGCAAUUAUUGGACACCAGUGACAUCAAAGGAGAAGAAUUUGCCAAAGUUAUAGUACAAAAGUUGAAAGAUAACAAACAAAUGGGUCUUCAACCUUACCCUGAAAUACUUGUGUUUUCUAGUUCCCCAUCCUUAAGUUUAUUUCAAAAUAAAAGCUUGUAAGUGAAUUUUUCAAGAAGAAAAGUCGACUUACAUUUUUGUAUUUUUUUGUUACCUUGAUCAUAUUGUUUUUAUAAAAUCCAUAAAAGUAUUAGAAGUUUUACUGAAGUUUUUUCUUCAGGUGAGUAUUAGUCUCCUUCCAUAGCAUUACAGUAUUUAUUAUACAGAAAGUUUUCAGUGUGGUACAUAGUGUUCAGUUUCUAUGUGUCACUUUCAUUAAUCAAAACUAUUUUUUAAAGUGUAAUAAUUGUAUUCUUGACCACAAAAGUAUCUUAAGGUAUGAUUGAAGCCAUUUUCACAUUCACUGUCUUUGUGGAUUAUUUAUUUAUUGUCUAAAAUGCAGUUUGGCUUUAUGAAGUAUAUCCUUUAUACUUAAAUUAAAGAUAGUAUGGCAUUCCUACCCUACAGGAGAAAAGGGCAAUCAGUGAACUCUCAAUUUUAGCCAUCCUCACAAGCCUCUCAUUAGUUUCAGAAAUUUGUUUCUUCUCUCUAAAAUCACACUUCCCAUCUCCCAUGGAGCAUAGUUCCCAAACUACCUCCACUUUUUCUCUCCCUUUCCACUGGAUCCUUUCUUCUCAGUCUCAAACAUCUAGAUUUCUUUUUAAAACAAAGUUCCAGACAGGGAUUUCCGCAUCCUAGAAAAUUCUAUACUGCUUCUACUUUUGUUAUCAAUUUCUUUCUUAAUAAAAAUUAUAAUUCAUAUAAUCAAUGAAUCUCUGGGUGAAAGGAGCCACUGUGUUAUGAAUCUAAUUCCUCAAAUUCCUCUACAGUAAAGGUAGCAGACACCUAACCCUGUGAUCAUACAUGUCUGUUGAUGGACAGGAAACUUGUUAACCUCUUCAGACAAUUUAUUUCACCUGUAGACAGUUCUAUCACAUAGUUCUUUCCUACAUUGAGUUAAAAAUCUAUUUCCCUGUAGCAUUGUCCAUUUGUCCUAGUUCCAAACCCUGGGAUGGUAUGUAGAGUAAAUCUAAUCCCUCCUCUAUAUGACAGCUGUUCCAGUUUGCUAAGGCUGCCGUUAGGCAAAAUACCAGAAAUGGAUUGGCUUUUGUAAAGGGGGGUUAUUUGGUUA